CACACGCUCAUCUGUGAUGCAGUCAGACAACUGGCUGGUAAAUGACUUCAUCUCUGCCCGUCUGUCAGUCAUCUCUUUGUUGCUGGAUGGAUGGAUCAUCGGUCUCAUUGUGGAUUCAGCAGUGCUUGUGUUUUGAUCCCAUUUCAUUUUUAAACGGAUGUUUUAAGUUAUUUGUGCAGCUGGUUUGUAAUUCAUAUCACAUGCUUUCAUCUGAUGGAUUAAACUGCUCUUAAUGAAUCUUAAAGGUGACAGAAAAACACAGGAUUGUGUGACAGACAGCUGUUGUUAGCGUACUUGCUGUUUCCUUGUAUACCAAAAUGGACAUACAUCGGCUCCAAGUGUUGCGUUACUGCCUUCCCCAGAGCGUCAGUGACUCAGGAAUGUUUUACAGCCACAUUGCUGCAAGUGAGCAGAGUAUCUGCCAAGCGAGGGCCUCUGUGAUGGUCUACGACGAUGCCAGUAAGAAGUGGGUGCCCAUUAAGCCUGGCCAGCAGGGCUUCAGCCGCAUCAACAUCUACCACAACACUGCCAACAACACCUUCAGGGUGGUGGGCGUCAAACUGCAGGACCAGCAGGUGGUGAUCAACUACUCCAUAGUGAAGGGUCUGAAGUACAAUCAGGCCACGCCAACCUUCCAUCAGUGGCGUGACGCUCGUCAGGUCUAUGGGCUGAACUUUGCCAGUAAGGAGGAAGCCACAACCUUUUCCAAUGCCAUGCUGUUCGCCCUCAAUGUCCUCAGCUCACCUGACAGCGGAGGUCCAGUAGUUCAGCGCCAAAAUGGGCCCUCUUCUGACGAAACCGAAGCACAGAGGAGGAUGAUGGAGCAACAUCAGAUGCAGGCGCACAAGGAGAGGGAACGACGGACAUCAGGAUCAGUCGUUUCCACUCUCCAAUAUAAAGUCUCCACCCCUCCCACCCACCCAGACACUCCUCCCGAGUACAGACAGUACAGAGCUAGCACACUGCCACCCUCCUACGUCCGCGUGGCCUCCUCUCCUCCCACCUCCACCUCCAGCUCUCCGUCUCAGGAGAAAGAGGUGGGGGUUGCUAGGGACAAGGCCCAGGUCUCCUCCCAGCUCUCUACCUCGCUCGCCUCCGCCUUUUCCCCAGUCCAGACAGGAGUGAACACCAUGGGCCGCCAGGCCCGGCAGAUCCCCCUGUCUCCUCCCUCAGCAGCCCGCUACCUUCACCUUCAGCAGCAGCAGCAGCAACAAGACAUCAUGCUCCCCCCUAAACAUGGUACUUGGUCUGCCUCCCAUUUGCAGCAAAUGUAUGCUCAAUGUCCCCCCGCCUCAUCCCCUCCGGUUAUGAUGGCCAUGGCUGUGAAGCAGGGUAUGCCCCCGCAGCCGGUCCUCCCGGUAGCUCAUCCCCUUCCGCCCGUAAGCGCUAGAAUGAAGCCCCCGCCUCUCGACCCUAACGCCGUGAUGGCCCCUCAUCAGUACCCCCAACCUCAGCAUCACCCUCACUCCAAUGGCCAGCCAGAGGAUUCCUACUCUCCUCAUUCUCAGCAUCUUCCGCUCACCCCGCAGUACUGCGAGGCCAUCCCCCUGCCUCCUCUGAUAGGUCAGGCUGUUCCCCCCGGCCCGGCCCCCGGCCACCAGCCCCAGUACCAAUCCUCCUUCCACCCUCAGCAGCAUCAGCAUCAGCAACAGCAGCAUCAGGUGUACCACCAGCAGGCCCAGAUCCCCCCUUCCUCCUUCUCCUCCCCCUCACCCCCUUCAUACACUGCCAUGUCUGACGGGGGCUCACCACAGAAGACCCCCUCCCCUGUCCCCCAGCCAGCCCCCAUGGCCAACAGCAGCGCCCCUGUAUCUGCAGGCCACCCAGCCAUGCUCUCUGUGGCCCCCCCUCCCUCUGCAGCUCCACAGCCCAUGGCUGGUCCUCCAGCGCCGCCGCCACCACCAGGCCCACCACCUCCAAUGGCUGUUCCCCCACCCAUGCCCCCUCCUCUGCCUACUGGUGGGGGGCCUCCCGGGGGCCCGCCUGGGAUCCAGCAUCAACCCUCAGGACUGGCGGCCGCACUGGCUGGAGCCAAAUUACGGAAAGUACACAGGGACGAAAGCAGCCCCCCCGGAUCUGGAGGCAAAAGUGAGGCUAACAGAUCCAGUGGUGGCAGCGGUGGUGGUGGGGAGGGACUGAUGCAGGAGAUGAAUGCCUUACUAGCUCGACGACGAAAAGCUUCAGAGAAGCCCGAUGAAGAUGACUCGAGUGGUCGGGGGCAGAACUCAACAGAUGCUGUGAAGAAGCCAUGGGAACGGUCCAACUCUGCGGAAAAGUCCUCACUGGUGUCCAGAGUGAGGCCCGUCGGCAGCAGUAGUGAAACUGACACAGAAUUUGACAGGAUGAAACAGGAAAUUUUGGAUGAAGUUGUACGCGAGUUGCAUAAGGUGAAAGACGAAAUCAUUAAUGCCAUCAGACUAGAAAUCGGCAGAAUCAGCACAUCCUAAUCUCAUGUGAGCAUGCAGAUGGAGGAGCAGGAGGAGAGCGACAGGAGGAGCUGAAGGAGGAUGGACUUACAGAUGCACAGACAUGAGGACCAGGGAAUGUUCUCUCAAUGUUUCUGUGACGUCACGUUGUCAGUUGCGGAGACGUUGUGCCAACAUUUAAGUCUGCUGGACAGAAAAAAAAGGAAUAAUAAUUAAAAAAAACUAUAUAAAGAGAGCAGGGAUUCAUGACAAUGAAGAGCAGAAGGAACAGAAAAAUUGAUGAAGCGAUGAACUUUAAUGGAGGAUGAAAAAUGAACUAAAAGAUGAAGACGUUUGUACUGAGUUUGGUGUUGUGGUCCUCUCUGUGCACCUAGACUCAGUCAGCCCAGUGUUGCAGCUUUUUGUUCUCUUUUCAGUCCAAGUCUUAAGAAGAAAAUAUUUUUUUUCUAAGUUUUUACUGUUUUAUUAUUUAAAAACUGUGGUGAUAACGAUGAUGCUAUUGAUGACAAUGAGUAUUUUAUUGAUAUUAUAGAAGGACAAAGGAAUCUUGCACACCAUUUAUGUUAGCCUUUUAUAUUUUCUAUUUCUACUUUAGUUUUAUCCCAGACAAUUUCAUGAUAAUGAGCACAAUAUGGGCAAACUGGUGCUGCAGAUCCGCCUGCCCUCAAGUGGCAAAUAAAAGAAUAAAAAAAGAGAGAGAAAAAAAAAACUUUUUAGCAGCUUGCUCAUACUGGUGUUGUGUCAAAACCAUUUUCUCCAAAAAUGAACAAUAAUCUGCUAAUGUUUAAAAAAAAAAAAAAAAAAAAGUUACCUGCUUCUAUUACCUCUGACUUGCCACAUCUGGGGCAGAAGUGACUAUAAUAGUGAAUCUGACAGCAUGCAAUACAGUCUGCUUCACAACUCCAGUGUGACCGAGCCUUUUGUUUCUCUGUACCUGUUCAGAUGUGCGAGAUCAUUGAAAUUCAGGGAUCAUUCACAAAACAGGCCAAUAACCGUAAAUGUGCCACCUGGUUUUACCUACCUACAUAUAAAACAAUGUAGUUUUACCUAUUAGUCAUCCUACACUUUGUGACUCCCCCGAGGUAUGCAUGAAACCCCGUCUCGCUUAAGUUGUUUUAUUUGGUUUAAAAACAGCAAUCAAAAAUACAUACGUAUAUAUACAUGGUGGUACAUUUAUUAUAGUGGUUUGUUUCAAUGAAAGUUCCCCUUUUUAUGUAUGAGGUGUUGAACUUGAUAAUGGUAGCAGUGUGGGGGGG